AUGGAUGACUUACAGGAGAGGCUAGAUGGAAGAAAUGCAACCGUGUUGAUUCUUCUUGCCAUCUCAGCAGCUUUCAACACCAACCAUCAUGGCAUCAUUCUGAGCUCCCUUUGUGUCUGCCAGAGGGCGUGGGAGACGGAGACGGCGCCAUCGCCGUCGCUCUUGGACGGGAGAGCGGGAGCCCGGCGACACCGGCGGCAGCAGCGGCAGCAGCAGGCGCUGACACCCGCGGAGGUGGUGGACGAGGAGGAGGAGGAGGAGCAGCACCAGGAGAUCCAGGAAGACGAAAGGGACAAUGGUACUGAAGCUGUUAUUGAUGACUAUAAAAAAAUGGGGACUCUCUUUGGUGAGCUCAACAAAAGCCUAAUCAGGAUAGGCUUUGCAAGGAUGUAUUUUGGAGAACGGAUUGUGGAACCAGUAAUUAUCAUGUUCUUCUGGGGUAUGCUCUGGUUUCUUGGUCUACAAGCUCUUGGACUAGUUGCUGUUCUCUGCCUUGUCAUUAUUUAUGUUCAGCAAUAAAAUACAAUGGAUGGUGUGGUUCAAUGACUAUGUCAUAUCUUGGAGGAUUUCCAUACUUGACCAAACAAGAAUGGUUUAUUAUGAGCUGCUGUGCUGAUCUUCAUAUGGCCAUUAAUAUUAUGCACUCUUUUCUUUCAAGUUGCCAUUACCUCUGUAAAAGGAAGCCAAAACAUUCUAAUGCAUUAUGAAUGUUUAAAAAUGCACCUAAUCCAUUAUGAAUAUUUAAAAAAUUCUAAUACAGCCUGGGUAGAUGAGCAAAAGGGAAUCUUAAUACAUGAUAAAUGAGUUAAUUAAAGAGAUUGAAUCAAAAUAGUUUCUGUGGACUCCGGUUCUGAGAGGUGUUCUGGAAUGGAAGCAAACUUUGUCAAAAUUGAAUCAACAUUGAUUUUGUAUCUAUUCUGUGACUACUUUCAUACUUUUGUAUGAGGAGGUAGACUUUAAAAGGCAAAUUUGUAUGAGCUUUUAUGCUGCAUGAUUUUGUAACAUCCUAUAAAUCUCUUCACAGACUUAUUCACUAUUGUCUGUGUACGUACAAAGUGUUGUUAAGACAGUCGACUUUUGUAUGCCAUUAAUUAUUUCUGAGCACAUUAUAUAUAAGUUGAUUUUUAUUUUGCAAAUAAGAAUACUCUUGCAGCUUUUCUACCACAACAUGUUUUCACUAUCACUUUUCAUACUUUUUCUCUACUACUUAUAGAAUGUUCGUUAUCUAUAAUACUUUAUAAAGUAUUGUCCUUCUCAUUAUGAUGUCUUGCAAAGCAAAAGCUUCUUUGAAUUGAGAGGGCUGGAGGGAAUACUCAAGAAAAGAAUUGUUCAUCACAACCUUAGAAAUGCACUGUUAAUGCAAUCUCAUGGUGCUCUUUCCCAAAUAGAAGAACUCCUUCUGUCCACAGAAAACCUUAGCAAAUGGCAAUGAGGAGGCACUUUCCACCAUUUCCCCAAGCUUUCUGGAGGUUAACUGUGCCAUAUCCCAUUUUAGUUCUGGAGGAUUACUUGAUCCUCUAGAACAGAUAUAUGUGAAAAUACACCCUUUCUGUUGCUGGAAAUCUUCUGCAAAUAAAAAAAACACCUUUA